UUAUCUGUAUCUCGGCUCUUUCAAGUUUGGAUAAAACAGAACAUUUUUGGCAACUGCCGGCACACGGAUUUCGUUGCGAGGAAACAAAGGUAAAAUGACCUCUGAAACGACAUGGAAAUGAAUCCGAAUGGGGUCUGGAGACGUUGCGGAUAUCCAAUGCCUCCUGCCUAGACAGCGCUAUGGUUAAAUGCGCCGAUUUCACACUCAAACCGCCGUAUAUUAGAUUUUAUUGCUUCCCCACAAAGGGACAGGCCUCAGAGAUUACCAUCAGUUUCACGUGUUGCUUCGCUGGUUGUUUGAGACUCAUCUGUGCUUCUCUCUUGUAAUUUUUAUCCCCCCCUGGAAAUUGCUUUCAGAUUUUUUUUUCCCUGGCUUCAGUGCUUCACGUUUCCAGAAAGAGAAAACGGAUCAGGUCGUGUACCUACUUAAAUCCAUCCAGACAUGAAAGUGGUGUCCCUCCUUUGUCUCCUAACUUUUCUCUUCGCGCUUGUCCAGUCCCACAUUAUUCUAGAAGAAGAUCGAGAAGCAACUAACAGUGGAAAUAUCAUCCGACUCCCCGAGCUACUGCCACCCAUCUCUAUAGUGGACUUAAAAAAGGCAUCACGAAGAGUGAGCAGGUUGGAUGCAGAGAAGAACAAAUUAGCAAAGAGAAGAGUUACCCCUAAGAAGAAGCCACGUCCACCCCCUCCUAAAAACUGCGUGCCUCUUCUAUCCAGCUGUAAACCGCCAGCACCUCCAUGCUGCGAACACUGCGCCAUCUGCCACUGUCAUCUAUUCCAGACUAUCUGCAUCUACAAGAUGGGUUAUCCCCACUGCUGAGCUAUAAGCAUAGAGCCCAACCGGGCAAAAAUUGAAUUUUUUGAGGAGAAAAUGGGGUUCUUAACCCACCAGGUCUUAACAUAUUGCUUUCUUCUCAGUCCACAUGCAUGGUUAUUAAAUUGGUAAUACAUAAACCACGGUACCCUUAUUAAACCUUCAAAUCUCAGAACUAUUCCAGAACAAGCAAGUAACAUAUUAACAGUAUAUGACAUAUUGUAUUAU